GCUGCCAUUGGCUCGUCUCGUGCGCCGCACAGACUGCGACUGGACUGCACGAGCUGGCACUCACGCGCAUGCGUCUCACUUUACUCCUCAGCCUUUGAAAACUCAGAGAGCUCAAUUAAAAGACCAUGUCCGCCAUCGGGCGUCAACAGUCCUCGGUGUCCUUAUUUAAACCAAAUUCUCCAUGAAAUAGCAUUAUCCCGUGGCCUCAACAAUGGCCAGUUCGGGUGCCGUUCAGGUGAAACUGGAACUCGGUCAUCGUGCCCAGGUCCGAAAGAAACCCACCGUGGAAGGUUUUACGCACGACUGGAUGGUGUUUGUCCGCGGACCGGAGCACAGCAACAUUCAGCAUUUUGUGGAGAAAGUCGUAUUUCAUCUACACGAAAGUUUCCCGAGACCAAAAAGAGUGUGCAAGGAUCCACCAUAUAAAGUUGAAGAGUCUGGAUACGCUGGGUUUAUCUUGCCUAUUGAAGUUUACUUUAAAAAUAAGGAAGAACCAAAAAAAGUGCGCUUUGACUACGAUUUGUUCCUGCACUUGGAGGGUCACCCACCUGUCAAUCAUCUCCGCUGUGAAAAGCUCACGUUCAAUAACCCUACUGAAGAGUUCCGCAGGAAGCUGCUCAAGGCUGGAGGGCAACGGGAUCCUCACAAAAGAUCUUCAGAGGACUCUAAAGUAAUGGUAAUGCAGGAGGGCUCUACUUCUCUGUUUGGGCAGCAUCUAAAGCUGCCCACAUUACCCAGCAGCUCAUUAACAUUGACCUUCUCUGAUGUGAAAAAGAGCAAGUCUUUCCCAGGGUCAAAGGACGGGUCCAAAAGCAGCAGUGCUCUUACAACCACAAACAACAUCAGCAGCAGCUCCCUCAAGCUCCACAAACCAUCUAAGGACCAUAAGGACAAGCCUUCCAAAGACUCAAAAGAGUCCAAAAGUGCCUUCAGAGAUUUCAGCAAGGACUCUGGAAAACCCUCUAAAGAUUCUAAAAAACCCAAAGAGAAUCAACCAAUUCAGGAAGAUCGGCCCGUUCCCCAAAUGGGAUUCAAGGAGCCGAAGACCACGUCGAAAGAGCAACGGUCAUCGGAGGCUAGCUUCUCAAGCUUGGGACAAAGUAAACGGCGGCCAGUGUUGGACAGUGAAGGCCAUGUUACCAAAAAACGGAAAAGCAGUUUUUCAGAGAGCUCGCAAAAGCAGCAAGCGUGUCCUACGUUGCUACAGCACCACCAUUCGGAUAAAAAGGUUUUGAAAGACAAGCCACAAAUUCGGCCUAGUAGGUUGCAAAACACUGAACUUUCAGAGAAGAGAAAACCGUCAGCGUUACCGCCCUUCCAGGAUGUAUUGGAUCCGAAUGACUCGGACAUGGACGACAACACGUUCACAAGAUCAGAUUCGGAUCAGCCCAGUCCGGCCAGCUCCAGUUCCAGUUCGAGCUCCAGCUUUGGACGUGCACACAAGCGGCAAGUGUUGGGUCCUUUGCGGUCGGUGAUCCCAGAUUUGCACUCCGAUGAAAACGAAGAAGAUUCUGAAGAGGAGGACGAUAAUGACAUGGACUCGGACAUGGAGCGACCGUUACACACGCAAAUGACACAUCGCCACCGCAGGGUGAGUUUAAGUGACGGCAGUGACAGUGAAAAUAGCUCUGCCUCUUCACCACUGCCCCAUAAUGACCCCCAACCUCUACUGAAAACCGCCAAUAACCAGAUACUCGAAGUGAAGAGUCCUAUGAAACAAUCUAAGAUGGACAAAAAUAAAAACAUUGACUGUGACAAGGCAUACUUGGAUGAGCUGGUUGAGCUUCACAGAAGACUAAUGGCACUAAGGGAAAGGCACAUAUUACAGCAGAUUGUGAACCUUAUUGAGGAAACGGGACACUUUCACAUCACAAACACAACUUUUGACUUUGACCUCUGCUCUCUGGACAAAACCACAGUUCGGAAGCUGCAAAGCUACCUUGAGACUUCUGGAUCGUCUUGAAGACUUGUGCAGCUGGCUGCAACGAGGAGGAAAAUAACACCUCCCUUUUGCCCUCCUUUUGUUUUUCUCCUAUACUGAAACUUGUAAGGCAAUGGAAAGGAUCCACUUUCAUUCCAGAGCUCCUCUCGUCUCUCGAAAGGCCUCAGAAAUUGACAGCAUUAUUACACGAGUCUGGAGAUUCUUACGCUCCACCUGGUCUUCACCUAAAAAGCCUUGAUAAUCCGACAUUGCCAAAAAAUGUUCUUGCUCCAAAAAAAAAAAAACAUUUGUGUAUAUUGUAUGAAUGUUUGAUAAGUUCUUUGUGACGAAUGCAUGUUUCAACACUGCCUUACCACAUUGUCUAUUUAUUGAGUAUGAGUUUCAAGUGUGUGUGUGUGUAAGUGAAAAUGAUAUUAAACUUGUGCAAGCACUUGGGAACAUCAUCUCAUCGGCAAUGAAACAUCUCCUAACGUUCACUCUUUUUUAUGAACCAUAAGCAAUGUUUUUCAUGCUGUACAUCAUGUAAAAUGAACGGUUUCAGAUUAUGCUGGACGGAGGAAGACUUUUAGCCCUAUUAAUGAAUUGCACAUUAUCUGCAAACUGUUUCUAAAAUGUUGCCCUGUAAAAUAAUUCAUAAUAUUAUAAUGGUUUUCAGUGUAUAAUUUGAAAGAAGAUCUUAAGCGAAUCCAGUGACUUCUAUCCCAAAUGUUUCUUAAAGCUGUUUCAGUAGGAAAGUGUAUUGUUGAAUCAAAUGUUAUUUAUUGUUUUUGGGGACCACAGUUCCCAAGGCUGUUCAUUGGUUGUCCCCAAACCAGUGGGAGGAAGCCAAGUCUUAAUUGUAGUUUGGGAGUUCUUUGUUAAACUGAGGAAAUCAAGAACUAAUCGAAGUUUACUUUUCAGUUCCAUUGUUUUUUGUUUUUAAUUAGAUUAUUUGAUAGAGGCCAAUAUGAGCAGAUUGUGCAGUUGAGCUGUAGCCCUCAAGCUCUGCUUUGUGCAAAAGCAACGUAGUUCACUUUUCAUAACCUUAUAAUGUUGAAUCAGAUGAGCCAGCCAGAAAUAUAGAUACAUUGGGAGACGCGGUGAUGGUGGUGGUGGGGUUGAGAAAGGUUCAGACUGAAUAAUUGGCACUGUGUGAAGUGUUUGAAUUUAGCAGAAAAGAAAAUUUGAUCUUUUUUAUUUUUUAUCGUUUUUGCUGAAUGAAAAUCAUGCCUUGUACACUUUAUUAUUGUUUAUUUCCCAGGUUCAUUUUCUCAGCCCAAAGAGCUUUUAGUUUAGUUAUCAUUAUAUAAUGUUUAUAUGUGUAUAUAAACUUUAUAUGUGAUAAAAAAAAAAUUAAAAAAAAGUGAUUAUCUUUCCUUUCUUGGAAGGCGCUGACUUGCUUCCAGUUGAAAGUUCUUGAUCAUAAUAUAAAUUCAAAACAGAGUCGUUGUGGAUGUGUAGUUACUGACCAAUGAACUUUUUAAUCAUUGAUGUUAGAAAUGCUUUUUGUUUUUGUUUAAUGGAUGGGAAUAGCUGGUGAAUAUACAAUCAUCUGAAUAUCCCUUGUGCUGUGCUGAAAAUCUUUUACUUAACAAGAAUGACCAGCCUUUUAAAAUUUGCUUGUAAUUCUCCAUAAUACAAUAUUAUCAUCAAAUCUUGGAUGCAGUUUAGUUUUUGAGUGGAAAAAAAGCAUUAUUUGUGGGUGGAUAAUUUUAGGAUAGCAAUAUCUGAUUUGAUCUGGGCUUAUGAACAUAUUAUUCACUCAAAAACUAAGGUGCAUAAGCUCAGAUCAGUGAGACCUUUGAUCAGUCAGUUCCAAAAGUAAUAUAUAACUUGUGGUAAUUGAAAGGGAAAAAAAAAAAUGCUAAAAAGAUUAAAUCCAAUAUUUGCUAAUAAUAUAGCAAAAUUAGAAAUUUAUAAGCAAUUUUUUUGUAUGCCGGUCAUUUUUUUACCAGGAAAACCACAAGUGCAAUAAUGUGGCGAAAAAAUGUAGUACAAAAUGUAUAAAUUUUGGAUGGGAAGUUGUUAUACCAUGUGUCAGCAAUGUAUGAGCCUGUAAGUUUAAGUCUAAUGCAAUAACAUUAAUAUUAACUAACAAUUUUGUGGGGGAGGGGGAAAAUCCUCUACAUGUCUAGGCUAGAACACAACAUAAGGAUUAAACUUUAAAAUAUAUCAAUCUAAAGUAAGAUAAUUUGGGCCCUUUUAUCAUAGAAAUGAAUAGCAAUUAUUUGUCAAUUAAUGCUAGGAAGAUUAAAGAACACAGUGAGUUUCCUACCUUCCUCUUUCCUUUAUGCAGAGUACAUUUUAAAGGGGUCAUGAACUGAGAAAUCAAAAUUCCCUUGAUCUUUUGACAUACUGUAUAAGAGGUUGUACUAUAAAAAGAUCCUGUACGUUUCAGAACUCAAAACUUUCUCAUUAGUCUAAAAAACGCUUAUAUUGAAGCCAAUAUGAAAAAACAUCAGUUUGUGGAAUGUGCCACUUUAUGACGUAAUAGUGUGGCUAAGCACCGCCUUCGCAGAAGAAGAUCAACACCUGCUUCUACAUCACUGCCUGUUUAGCCCCGCCCACCAAUUCACGCACAUAGUGUAAAUAAUGAGAGAGGCAAACACGGGUCUAGGCAGAAACCAAACAAUAAAGAUGGACAAAACAGGUCAGAAAAUAGCCUAUUACUUCUAAAAUAUGUUUUUUUGAUGUAAAAAUCUUAAUAACAUUAUAAGUGGACCUCAGAGAACAGUAAUAAAAAUCAUAACAUUUCA